AUGAGUGCGAUUCCGUCCAUUCCGCGCAUUAUCGACAGUGAUAGCGACAGUGACGACGAUGUCCCGCUCUCAGCUUUACGAGCUAAAGCUCUGAAGGUGAAGGAAGAGGUGAAGGAAGAGCGGCAGCCAGCAUCCGACAGCGACAGCGACGAUGACAUUCCCAUCAUCGGCCUAGCUAAGCGCAAGAAGUUGAAGGUAGAAACGAAGGUCAAGACGGAGAGGGCGUCAGUAUCGACUCCCAGUUCCCGCUCCACGCCGCGCAAGACCAAGAAGCGAGUAAUAAAGAUUAAGAUCCGGCAGCAGGAGUGCACAGAGGAACUGUACGAGACGCUCAAGGGCCGACUGGUGCAGGAGCUGCUGUGUCGUUGGUGGUACGCUUUGGAGUGGCCUCCUGCACAAACUUCGUCAUCAAAAUUGCAUGGCGUUCAAGAGCUUGAUGGAUAUCCUGGUGCCUUCAUCCGCGUAAAGGGUGAUGAUUUAGGUUCAAUCAUAGACACUCGGUCGUCUGUCGGGAAGCCGUCGUUCCUGCACUUCUUCGCCAUGUCUUCGGACGACUUGUUGAAUCUGCUUCUCCAAGCAUACGACAAGCAAAUGGAAGUGUUAGUGGAGCACGAGGGUCCCAAAACUCCUCUCCUUAAGGAGCUACAGAAAGCGCGUGCAUCUGCUGCCCGCAUCAACCCUGAGAAGGCAGAACGAGGCGUACGGAAAGUGCUAAAAAAUUUCGCUGAGCUGGAGCGGGAGAUCAAAGAGGUAGCGCUGAAGGAGGCCGAAGAAGAAGAAGAGGACGACGAUGACAGCGACGACGACGACACUGUCGAAGACUAG